UCCAGGCUGCUCCCCGUGCCCCCGCCUCACGUCCGUCUGCUCUCGUCUCUCUGUCACCGCGGCUCAGGCGUCAACGCUCCGAGAGACGAGGGCAGCUCCCGCCGCUCUCGCCGUCCUCGCGCAUUCCGCACUCAUGGCUGCCGCGGAGACCGACGUGUUCUCGAACGAAGAGAAGCGCAACCUCAACUUGGGCGGCCAUGUUGGAUUUGACAGCCUCCCUGAGCAACUGGUCAGUAAAUCGGUCACAAAGGGAUUUUGUUUCAACAUCCUCUGUGUCGGGGAGACCGGCAUCGGCAAGUCCACGCUCAUGAACACGCUCUUCAACACCAUGUUCGAGAACGAAGAAGCUAGCCACUACCAGAACGGCGUCUACCUGCGGCCGCGCACCUACGACCUUCAGGAAAGCGCCGUGCGGCUGAAGCUGACCAUCGUGGACACAGUCGGCUUCGGCGACCAGAUCAACAAAGAAGACAGCUACAAGCCCAUCGUGGACUACAUCGACACCCAGUUUGAAAACUAUCUCCAGGAGGAGCUGAAGAUCAAGCGCUCGCUCUUCAACUACCACGACACCCGGAUCCACAUCUGCCUUUACUUCAUCGCCCCGACAGGGCACUCGCUCAAAUCCCUGGACCUGGUCACCAUGAAGAAGCUGGACAGCAAGGUCAACAUCAUCCCCAUCAUCGCCAAAGCCGACACCAUCUCCAAAAGCGAGCUCCAUAAAUUCAAAAUCAAGAUCAUGAGCGAGCUGGUGAGCAACGGCGUGCAGAUCUACCAGUUCCCCACCGACGACGAGACGGUCAGCGAGAUCAACUCCUCGAUGAACGCCCACCUGCCGUUCGCCGUGGUGGGGAGCGUGGAGGAAGUGAAAGUGGGCAACAAAACGGUGCGAGCCAGACAGUACCCCUGGGGAGUCGUGCAAGUGGAGAACGAGAGCCACUGCGACUUUGUGAAGCUGCGGGAGAUGCUGAUCCGAGUCAACAUGGAGGACCUGAGGGAGCAGACGCACGCCCGCCACUACGAGCUCUACCGCCGCUGCAAGCUGGAGGAGAUGGGCUUCAAGGACACCGACCCGGACAGCCAGCCUUUCAGCCUGCAGGAGACGUACGAGGCCAAACGGAAAGAGUUCCUGGGCGACCUGCAGCGCAAGGAGGAGGAGAUGCGGCAGAUGUUUGUCAACAAAGUGAAAGAGACGGAAGCAGAGCUGAAGGAGAAGGAGAGAGAGCUCCACGACAAGUUUGAGCAGCUGAAGCGCAUGCACCAGGAGGAGAAGAGGAAAGUGGAGGAGAAGCGACGAGACCUGGAGGAGGAGAUGAACGCCUUCAACAGGAAGAAGGUGGCGGCCGAGACGCUCUCCUUAGCUCAGCCGCUGAAGAAAGACAAGGACAAGAAAAACAGGUCCGUGAAGACGGAGAACCAGUCCGGGGUCAGCGCCUCCAGCUCCAAGGUGAUGAUGGCUAAAGCCAACGUGGAGCCCUUGAACUGCCAGAGCUGGUGGCAGGCCAUACAGUGCUGCACCUGCCUGGUCCACAGCGCCGCCUGGAGCCCCGGGGGCCUCUUCUGAUGCUCCGCCCCCGCAGGAGGGGACUCCGGAUCCGGGGCCCAGCCGGAGCCCGUGCCGAUGGACGGAAUGAGGUGAGGGUGGCCGAAGACCAGCAGCGCGUGGAACUGCCAGGGAGACCACAAUGUUACAGCAUGAUGACGUCAUCGUCCUCCCCCCCCCUUCCUGGACUACAAGGGAGCCGUGUCAGGCGCCGUCCGUCCGUCCGUCGUUUCGUCCCGUAGCGGACGUUUAACGCGAGUAGAGCUGCACAGUUCGGACAUUUUAAUUCACCCUCCGGAUAACCGCGUCAAACCUUCGACACUGACAGGUCUGGAACAUGCUAGCACUGGCGCCAAGCUGCGUUCCUCACAAGGCGCUAGCAAAGCGCGACAACAGCUCAAGCGAAUGCCACAGUCCAGGAAAUGGCUAACAAGAUAACGCAAGCAGCGCUAAAACUGAACCAAACAGUGCGCAUCAGCUACAGCUAACUCGUAGCAUGUGGCUAGCAAGAAGCUACCAGCAUCGCCAAAAUUGUUGCCGCACAAAGCUGCAAUAUUACAGCUACAGAACGAACCGCGCCGGUGCAAUAGCUUGUUUCAACGUGGCUCAAGAACGGUCCACCGACAUCGGAAGUAAAAACUAUGAAAAUCUGACGUCAACAGCAUUAGCGACAUCUCCGCGUCAAACUAAACAAGGGAGAUGUUAAAAACGUUGGUGUAGCGAGUGAAACAAUUCAGAAUGAUGAAUCGAACACAGCGCCCCCUGUUGGCUUUGAAAAUAAGGAAGCCAUCUCAAGGGAACUUUCUGGAGCCACAGACUGUGCAGCUCUACGGCGACAUCAUCAGGCCUUUGUUGUCUUUUCCUCUCCUUCCCCUCAAGCUUCUGCAUCCCCUUCCUGCCCGUAGCACAACUGAAGCCAUGUCAGCAGAAGCGUGAGGGCGGCGCAGCAGCGAGGGCCGAGCUCCUCACGCGGUUUCUCUCUCCCUUCCGUGGCUGCCUUCCCUUGCACGUCGAGCAUAUCAAGUGUUUCCUGCGUGUCAGUGUCAUGGUGACGUGAGUCUGUGACCUACCGAAGCCGUUCAUCAGGGUGGAGUUUACGCAAAUAGCUAGAAGUUAUUUAUGGAGGAAAGAUUUAUUCCGAGUAUAUAAGAAGAGAAGCGUCUUUAUUUUUAUGAGUUUUUCUUUAAAUGGCCUUGUCUCUCUAUCGUACCGAGUGACGUGAUAGUGGAACCUGCAGGUCCCAUCAGAACCUGCUCUGUGCCAAACUGCUUUCUAUGGGUUCGUGGCUUUAAGGAAACUAAUAAAUCAGCCUGGAUCUGAGUCGUUUCAGGCCCAGAGGUUUGUGGUCCAGAGAGACGAAACGCGAGUCAAAUUUAGGCCCACAGUUUGGAAGCUUUACACCAAACACAGCACCAAUAUUUGACUCCCCAGACGUUGUUCCUUAGCCUUCACCUCCAUCUUGAAUCCAGGCUUCGUCCACACAAAAACGUACAUUUAUUCCAUUGCGAUCUUUUGCCCUGCCGUUUUGUUUCAGGGGAAAAAUCUGCGUCCACACUACGGUGCGGUGCACACGCCACGGCCUCCGUGUGCCGCUGUGACACUCUGGAAGAUGUGGCGAAUACAAACAUGGCGACCAAAAUGAAAACUACAAUCGGUGGCCAACAAUUUUAUGUCAAUCUUUCCGAUAAGCCGGUGCAGAACUAGUGCAACACUUCGGCCAUUGUUGUAGUUGCAGGGCGAGGAUGCAGAGGUGUGUCUAUGACAUCACUGCUGCAUUUUAGUGUUUGAAAAAAGCAAAAAAACAAGUGAAUUUCCCGCUCGUGUGGACGAGCCUCGCUAUCAUUCCAAUGCACAACUGGGAGCUGCAGCCAAGCUUGAAAGGCUUGUAUUAUGUUUUCGUCAAUUGUGCCUUGGUUUGAGAAACAGUUGCUUGGAACAGGUUUUCUGUCCAGAAACAAGCGACUGACUCCGGCACUUGUUUCACCUGAAUUUAGUUUUUCUAUGCAAGACUGAACCAGGGGCGUUUUCAAGUCAAGUCAAGUCAAACACGGCAACCAAACUAGUCCCGACCACAACUGAACGCACACUCUCUCUGUGGACCAAGUGUGAAGUGAGCAUGAAGGUUUGUCGCGUGCUGUCGUACCACUGUGCUUUGAGGCUCCGCGCGGCUGUUCUGUCCAACUUACGAUGUGAACGAAGUCGACCGGCGUGGACGUGUACAGGUCCCACUGCAGCUUGUCCAGUAUGAUCCGCUCCAUGCGCAGAAUCUCUGCCGUGGAGAAGUUGCACCCGCUCUGCGCCACCAGCUCGCCGACGGAGCCGAUCACCUGUGUGAGCCAAUAAACGUCAUGUUUGGGAAAAGCCUGGUGAUGAUGUGAUGACGAUGACAUCUAGUGGCGGGUUUGUAGAAUGCAAUAAGUGUUUUAAAGAGAGAAAGUAAAACAAAUCGAGAUUCAAGACGUGCAAUGAAAGAGAAAAAUACAUGAAAGUAUUACCAAAAUAAUCGGGUUACUUCAGGACUGGAUCAGCAAUUUUUGGAAGUUACCAGUAGAAAAACAUGACUUUAUAAAAAUAAAUAAAAUGAGCAAAAUAUUAAUAUUAGAAGCAGAGAAUGUAGGUCUAAAAUUAGGCUGAAAUACUCGAACCAUACAAAAAAAGGGAAAAAAAAAAAAUCACAUAAAAGGCAACUAAUAAUGUAAAUAUUUUCAGUAUGUUGGAUGACACAAAGAGUGAAGGGAAAAAAAAGUCCCCCAAAAUAUGACCAACAAAAAUAAAGGAAGUUUGAUGAUUCAUUUUUUAAAUGAAAAUAAAAAAAUACAUUUUGCUAUUAAUGUGGAUGUAAGAUGUCACUUGGAAAGCAUUCAAAACAGAAGGCAGGAGGAAAAUUUUUUUUGUUUAAAAAGUCCUCAAAAUGUGACAUAAAAAAAAAAAAGAAAAAUUGUAAAAAUCUAAGAAUAAUUGUUUACUUUUGAACUAAGGAAAAUGUGAUAUACAAAAUCAAAAUAUAGAGAAUAACGUGGGUUUGCUUCAAAGCCACUGCCCUCCAAAAAGAAAAACAGAAAAAGAAAAAGUCAAAUCCCUCAUGAACCAAGACUAUAAAUGGAAGCACCUCACCUCAUCCUCCUCGUUGAUUUUGGCAGCCAGGACCAGCGAGGUGAAGGCGAUGCACUUCAGGUAUUUCGGUUGAGCCUGAAGACAAAUGUUUUUUUUAACUCUGUCUGAUCCUGAGAACCCAGCGCCCGAUGCCUUGCUCACGUACCUUGACGGUGGACAGCAGCCUGUUGAGGACGCAGACGCCGAGGGCAAAGGUCUCUGGGCAGAACUGGAACAUCCUGUUCAUGUCCAGGAGCCAGAGGAUGAUCUCACGGUGCUGGGAUGAAGAGAUGUCAGUGCCCUGCAGUGGAGGAGGAGCUCACCGUCAGCAGAUUCCCUCCUGCAGCUGCGACUCACAACCCACCUCCUCCCCGACUCACGACCCAGCUGGAGCUUCCCCCUGCUCACCUGGAUGUGGCCGCUC